AUGGUGUUCAAAAUAGCCGGCUGGGUGUUCAGCUUCGAGCAAGCGCGUGCAUGGUUAAAGAAGCAAGACCACCCAUACCAGCAUGCGCCAGACGAGUUCCUUGCUACCGAGCUCAAUUUCUGGUUCAGAGAGAGAAAAAUCGAUUAUCUGUGGGCCGUCGGUACCGACUAUCCUCGAGGGAGCAUGCAGCCGGUCAUCGUAUUGGCCCGAAGGCGCAGAGAAGAUCCCAAGUCGACGGUAUCCCGUUUCUAUCGCGUCAGGGAGUUGGAUGAGGAUCGUGAAGUGAAGAAGCAGGUGUUAGAAGAGAGUGGACUGAAUGAUGAAGAUUUGCCUUGGGUCACUGUUGCGGAUCCAUUUUUUGAAUACUGA